AUUAGACGGGGGCGUUCUACCUGAGAAGAGAGAAGCUGAGAAAUCUACCACAAGGCACGUCUGAAACAGCAACAUACGAAGACAUCAGUUCAACGUCAGACAAAACAGGUUGACAAAAGAGACCAUCGAGAUAUUUACUACAAAAUCAGCCUCAACAAACAGAUAAAAAGUCCGUUUUAAGCCUACAUAACAGUAAGGGCGCUAAUUGUUGACCUGGGCCUGAAACUACGACAUCCAUUCUGUGCGAAAACAUCCAUAUUGGACUUAUCGGUUGUAACCCCUGUAUCUUAGAGGACAUCAUUCUUCAACACAGAGCUGGGCAAAGGAGCAUAUAGCAUUUCUAUAGAAAAGGCUUUGAUAGGCUGAGUCUGUACUACAUUCUUGUCGCUCAGAGGAUAUCGAUUUUUGACAACGAGCUGGGGAACGUAGCACAUAAACUUUAUUUUAAAAUACUUCAAUAGGCCAAGUCUAUACAACAAGAGGAUCCCGUGUGUCGCCGAACUCCAUCUUAUCACGCUAAAUUACUAACAGUCAUGGCUUCAAAUCUCGGCCGCUCAAUUAUCAAAGCACAAGAUCCUGUAAGGCCUAAGGGGCAUCAAAAGUGUCAGGCCCAUAAACAAAACGACGUGCUAUUAUUAUGUCGGGACUGUAAGAUGCUUAUCUGUAUAACGUGUUCUAUAAGUAAUCAUAAAGAACACAUUGAUAGCUUUCAGGAACUAACAAAUAUUAAAACAGAGCAAAAUAAAAUAAUUCAGGAUUUUUUGGAUGAAACAGACAACGUAAAAAUUCCAAAACUAAACAAGGAAAUUUUAUCUUCUCGAACAAAAAUAUCUUCACGUAAACCUAUGUACGAUAAACUUCGCAAAAACAUCAUCGACAACAACGACGAGUGCAAAUUAGAAAUGGACAAAAUCACCGAGGAGUACAUUACUUUGUGUGAUAAGAUGGAGGUAGCGGACACGGACCUCAUCCAGACACACAUCACAGACCUGGAGAGGAGGUUGAAAACUUUGAAGGAACUCUCAACAGAAUAUAAACAGACUCUCCAGACAGGAAAUGUUGUACUGAAGUACGACUCGGUAUCAGAAAUCCGGGAACUUGAUUCCGACAUCCCACCGACACCUAACAUAGACAUGGCCGAGUUUACUCCGGAUGUGGACAGACAAAGUCACCUGAAACAGGCCCUCGGGAAGUUGAAAAUUCCUGCUGACCCUCUCCGGUACACACUUCCUGACAGUCCAACCGUCAUAUCACAGUUCUCAUACCCGGAUAACAUCUCAUCGAUCUGUCCUACAUCUGAUGGACGUGCGUGGCUAUGUGACUACUACACCGACACAGUAAAUCUCAUAAACAACAAAGGUCAGGUCAUACAGACGAUACAACACCACAGUAACAUCAGGAACAUCAGUCUGGACCCCACCACAGGUCGUCUGUGGUUCUGUUGUAGGGAUGAGAGGUCUAUCUGUGAAGUAUAUACACCAUCUACACCAGUCACAAGGUUUACUAUAGAGGAUUACCCAGCCUGUCUGUGUGUGACCAGGGAGGGUCGGGUAGUGGUGGGUACAGGGGGUAGACAGGGGUACAAGAUGAUGAUAUACACUGUAGACGGUCAGGUGUUACAUACAACCAUUGUGGAGAGGUCAGGGACGGGGGGAGUACUGUCAAUAUCACAAUGUAGCGUUACAGGUAACAUAGCUGUAGUGAGUUAUAAACAUAUCAGUGGGGACGACAAUGAUCCAGACAACUACAGGCGUCACAUCAUUGUGUACAACCCAACACUCCAGCCCCUGGUCCACUACCGGGGGGAGGGGAUAGAGGCCCGGGGGAAGGGAAUACAGGUACAGAAGUCAGUCACACCAGACAAGUUUGGUCCAAUCACAGUUGUAUAUGACAGUAAGGGUAAUAUUGUUAUUGCUGACAGGACAAGGAAAACAAUAGAACUGAUAAGUGGAGCAGGGAAGUACAUAAAAACACUUCACACAAACAAAGGACGACAGUGGGUAGUAGGUAUACAGAAGGGUGAUGUGUUGUGGUCACGCUUAGAGUUAGAUACAGGAGAGUUGGGACUAAAACUCCUCAAGUAUUAUACUGACUGAGUGACUCAAUCCUGAGUGAGGAUACAGACAAUUUAUAUCAGUGGACUUAAACAACAUUAACUUGAUAUUUCGAUAUCAUUUUACUUUUAUCAACAUUUAUCUACACAUUCACUGAGGCAUGUAAUUAAUGUUGGAAUGUGUUGUUGUUAUUUUUUUCAUGUGUUAAAACACCACAAUUAUUCGAAGGAUGUUCAGCAAAAUGUUCUUCGAUUUUAAUUUUAUUAAAUUAUAAAUUUUGAUAUUUUAACUGUUUUGGAAUGUGUGUAAUCUUAGUUGACUUAAUACAUGUGUAUUGAUUUGGUUUGGAUCGUGUAACCACGUCACUGUGAUGCAUUUCAACUGCUGAUAAGAAAUCUGAAAUCAACAUCCCUGUAUCUGUUUUAGGUGUAUAACCUGACUCCCCUACCACCUCUAGUCGAUCGUCCCAAACCUGUUUUACCCACAAAUACUUUGAAGCUGAAUGACCAAUAAAUCCUUUUUUUUUUUAAAGUUUACAUGUACAUGUCACAUGACAUUAUCAGUAGUACCACCAUUGUCACUGUAUAUAAUGUGUCUCCAAUCUACUGUGAGUAGGUGAUGACCAAGGCUAGUCCUGUUGUGUAUCAAUCAUUUGUAAAUAUUUAUGGUUUUGUUGUAAUAAAAGUUUCUAAAUU